AUGGAGUACCGCAACCUGGGACGCACUGGUCUGAAGGUCAGCGCGCUGUCGUAUGGCGCCUGGGUCACAAUGUCGUAUCAGGCAGCAGAGCUCCUGGCGGCGUGCCGCGAGGCGGGGUGCAACUUUUUUGACAAUGCAGAGGUGUACGCCAAAGGCGCCGCCGAGGAGCUCAUUGGCAAGGCCAUCAAA